ACCAUGCUAGCACUAGUUCCAAUUCCUAUCAAUCUCUUGCUUUUCGUCAACCUCAAAUAGAAGAAGAAAAACCAUCAAUAUUACCCAUGUUUGACUCUACUACACAUGUCACAAGUGUAAGUUACCAACCCCACAAUAAUCCCAAGAAGAAAAGAAGUAGAUUCCUCAAGAUUGGUAACUCAUUCCCAAUUACAAAGCCUACUUGUUCUGGAGUUGUUAAGCCUAAAUGUACCAAAAAGCCUCCAGACCCAAGUGCACCAAAAAUUACUCGGCCUUGUACUGAGUGUGGCAAGAAAUUUUGGUCAUUGAAAGCCCUUUUUGGUCACAUGCGUUGUCAUCCUGAACGCCAGUGGCGCGGCAUUAACCCCCCUCCUAAUUUCAGGCGACACAACGCUGACUCUUCUACUUCUGCUCCAGAAUUUAGCCCUAGACAAAAUGAAGUCUCUUCACAAGCCCCCAAAUCACUUCCCCAUAUGAUAAUGACAGACGAGGACCACGACAUUGCUUCGUGCUUGUUACUAUUAGCCAAUGCUUCUUUUUCAGGAGUAGGUAUAGCCAAGUGUUGUCAAUUCGAGUGUUCAAGUUGUAAGAAGGUGUUUGGAUCACAUCAGGCUUUAGGUGGACACAAGGCUAGUCACAAAAAUGUUAAAGGUUGUUUCGCAUCAGGUUCAGGUUCAGGAUUAACCCAAGCUCCUCUUAUUCUAAACCCUAAUGCACAUGAUCAUAUUACUACUAAUUUGGAUCUAAACUUUCCUCCUCCUGUUACAUUAAUAUCAGGUGAAGAUCAAUAUGAUUCUUUGUCUUCCUAUUCUUCUACUUAUUCAGGCUCCGCAUUGGACUUAAGGUUGAGGCUAUAA